UGCGCAAUGCAGGCUGGGCGCCCAAUGGCGGGCAGGUGAGUCCAGCAGCAGCCACGUGGAGUCCUGCUGCCCGCAGAAGAGGCGCCGGCUGGCCCGGGGCUGGUGCUUUUUCUCCCUCUUCGGUGUGGGAGGCUGGCUGGCAGGAAAGGAAGAAGCCACUUCCUUGCGGGGCGGGGGCUUGGCUCCUUUCCUCGUCCCGUGCUUGCUCCCCCCGAGGAUCUCUCUGGUCCAGACAGAGGCUGGUUUCAAAACUGGGUUGGGAUUAAGCCACAUUGGGAAUCUUCAGCCAGCUGAAAGAGAUGUCCAGACCUGCCCAGGACUUCUGGAACGGUUUCCCCGAAGAAAUCCUGGUCCAUAUAUUUUCCUACCUGCCUCUUAAAGACCGACAUGUGGCCUUCCAUGUAUGCCAACGCUGGGCUGAGGCAGUUCAUACAAUUUCUGUCUGGAGUUAUACGGAGGUCAGUUGCAAUGCAGAGGAGAUGGAUCAAGAGUGCGUGGUGCAGAGGCUACACCAGUUCCUGUGCCAUAUCAAGCACCUGAAGAUUGUGCUUGGAGGAUCCCGGGAAGCAAAUCGGAAGCACAUGACUCAGAUUUUAGACAUGCUGAUUUGGCAGAGCCACAAGGUGCGGGCGCUGUGCAUUGAGUGCUGUGGAAAGAGUGUUCGUUUCUACUCUUGCAAAGACAUCCUGCAGAGCUUCAGCAGACUCUGCCUGAAGGAUGGCACAAGUGAGCUUCGCUAUAUUGAUUUCCGACAGGCAUCUUUUAUUCUGGACAACAAGAUGGUCCUUCUGAUUGCAACCAGCAGUCCAAAUCUGCAUAGCUUGUUAAUCAACAACCAUCCCUCUAAGUUCCUCAGGCCAGAGACCAUCGCUAAGGUUCUAAGGACUUCUCCUAAAUUGUCUGUGUUGGGGGUGCAUCACACCACCCUCUCGGAAGAAGUAUUUCAAGAAUUGUUGAAACCAAGCAGAGGCCCUUUCCACUUCUUGGACAUCUUCUGUGAGGGCUUGAACAACAAUAUCCCCGAACGGCUUUGGUCUGCUCUGAUUAAGAAACAUCCACAGCUCCGUGUAGGGUUGGAAUUUGGUCUUGCGGUUCCUUCCUGGAAAAUAUCUUCCAUUUUAAAGCCAAAUAUUCCCGUGACUGUUUUGCAAUUUACAUAUCAGUAUUGCAUGGUGAGACAUAUUCAAUUUGUUACUGCCAGCUACUGCAGGAUGUUGGAGAGGUUGCUUUUGCACGCCACCCCAUCUGAUGAUGUCAACUUCUCACUCAUACAACUGGCAAGGAAAUGUAUGCGCUUGAAAGAGAUUCACUGUUUCUGUGCAGUUAGCCAAGCAGUGAUAGAUGCUUUCUUCUUAUAUUGCCCAGGUCUGAUCAGAUACACUCUAUCCACACACUAAUCACUACUAGCAGAGCAAAUCAUACACAAGUGAAGCAGUCCUACUUCUGAAACUUCUAGUCCAGAUAUGGACACCUCCAAAAAAGAACUGAGACAGAAGGUUGAGAUGGGUUGGACGCUAAACAUACAAUCUGAAAUGGAGUCAAAAGAUGCAUACUUGAAAUUUAUGGGACAAUACUUGGGUCUCUUUGCCUUGGAGACUGCAGGUUAAACUAUUUUAUGAAGUUACACAUUUUAGUAUUUUUUCAAAUGAUUUUAAACUGUAGCUUACAAUAAAGGCUUCCCUAUGAAAUUUCA